AUGAGCAGCAAAUAUCUGAGCUUGAGUUACCAUUCUGGAGCGAAUCCAAGUAGCCUGCGUGCUUCAUCCCCAGUCAAAUCUCCGAAAUCUGUCGAAUCGAGGCUAGUGCCACCGAAACAGGAGCAAAACAUCAUCAUUGAUUAUUCACCAAAACAAUCAAAUUCGAAAACGCCACACAUUUAUCUGCGGAAACCAAAGAAAUCGAAGAAACCCAAGUCCUCAAUUGCAAUACAUCACGGUGAUGGAAAGUACAAAGAGUUGAAUCUCGCGCCACGUAAUAAACAACUACCUGAUACACUGCUUGGUGGCUCUCGAAGCAAAGAGUAUCCAAGUUCGUUUGAAGUUGACCAGAGUAUAGAUGCUGAUGAACAACUUGGCAUCAUUGAUCUUGGAAAAAUCAUGCUGAGUCCUAUAAAGGGUCAUGAUUUAUUAAAGGAUGUCAAAUUAGAUGGAUUGCUCGAAGUCAGUGAUGAUGAUGAUGAUAGUGGUGGUGGUGGUGGUGAUCAUGAUGGUGAUGACGAUGAACAAUUUAAUGGAGAUCGUCGUAAUCCAGCAAGGAAUGACACCGAAGAUAAAGAUAAAACGAUCUCGAGGCCAAAGAGAAAAGAGUUUGGAAAAAAUACUAAAUUGUCGAAUCUGGUGGUAGAUUUCCAUACUAUUGAGUUUGGCGAUGAAUAUCAAAUUAGAGAGAAAUAUCGCAAACUUGGUUUGCUGAUACCGAAACCAAUCACGUCUCGCAAGGAGUUGAUUGAUCGAGCGAAUGAGCAUCUUAAAGUGAUACCAAAGAUACUUGCCGGAAAAGUGUCACCAUCCAUCUACUACGAAAUGGCUAAAAAUCAGUGUCGGAAAUCUCUGCAUGAGAUUAUGUCUGCAUCAGACAUACGUAGAAUUGAUUGGAAAGCAUUUUAUAGUGGAUAUUAUGGCCAUGAAAGACAAUCUAUUAUAGGGAGCUAUAUUGAAAAUGUAUGUUAUGAAGACUUGGUCAGAUGUGCCAAGUACAACAAAACGGUCACGUAUUGGUCAAUUGGUCAAUUCGCGACUCAGGUAUUGGCAAACGAAAUAAUAAUAAGAAUGAUUAGAGAUGAUAUGCACUACUCGUUCAAAGAAGCAGAAGCAUUUUGCCAGAAGAGUGUGGAUUAUGGUGUGAUUAUUGCAGAUGAAGUUCCCAUAAUGGACGAUCUAAGCAAAUCGAACAAAAGUUUGAAAAAAAGCUCCAAUAAUAUUCCUGACAGUUUGUUGGAUAAAACAGUAAAUAGUAACAAGCGAACAAAAUUGGAGUAA